AUGGGAUCAAGUGAAACUAGGAAAGUCAGAAGAAGAGGAGAUCAAGAAGAUCAUGGCUCAGCUCCAGUAAAGAAGGCAAAGACAAACAGAGGGAGACAAGAGUAUAGAAAUGUGACCAGAACAUCAAAGAGAAAUCCAAAGCUUGAAGAACAAGAACAACUGGAACAAGAAGACUCUCAAAAUGACACUCAAGCAAGUGAUGUGGAAGCUGAUGGGAAUGAUAAUGAUGAUAAAGGUAAAGCCUAUGAUGCUUUGUUGACGCUGUUGAGUGCCGAACAAGACGUCGAAGAAGAGAGUGAGGAUGAAGAUGAAGUUCAUGAAAACCAAAGCGAAGAAGACAAAGAUGAUGAUGAAGAUGAUGAAGAAGAAGAGGAAGAAGAGUCAGAAACACUGGAUUCUGAAGAGUCAGAGGAAGAAUACGAAGAAGAGGAUUCAGAUGAUGAAAACUCAACUGAUCCAUUUGAUUCACAUUUUGCAUCAACUUCAGAAAAAUACCUGGAUGAAUGUACUACUGCUUUCAAAGAAACAAAACGCUGGAAGAAUUCAAAGAAAAGUUCAGAAUCUUACUCAUGCAUUGUUUCCUUACCACCUGUCGGGUCAUCCUCCAAGUACGCUGAAAUUUCAGAGGAUCAUAAUUUAGACAAGUAUAACAUCAAGUCAAGAAUUUUGGAACCUUUCAAAGAAAAAAAUGAUGAAAGUGUCACAAAUAAUGAAAUUGCUGAGCUGAUCUUAGACCCUAUGUUUUCUUACAAAGAUGUCUUGUUACCAUAUGCAGAUUUCAAGAAACAAGAAGAUUACAGAAAGCUGUACACAUUGCAUUGUCUAAACCAUGUCUUCAAGACAAGAGAUCGUAUUGUGAAGAAUAAUAGUAAAAUUGCAACACAAAAUGAGAACAUUGCAAAUGGUAAAUUAAAGCCAGAAGACGAAAAAGAAUUCAGAGAUCAAGGUUUCACAAGACCUAAAGUUUUGAUAUUAUUACCAACAAAAAACCAUUGUUAUAAAGUUGUUGAAGAAAUGAUAAAAGUUGCAGGUGCUGAACAAAUUGAAAAUUUGAAAAAAUUCAAAGCUCAAUUUUAUGAAGACUCCACACCACCAGAUAAUAAACCAGAUGACUUUCAGGAUUUGUUCGAAGGUAAUACAAAUGAUCAUUUCUGUUUAGGUAUCAAAUUUACAAGAAAAUCAUUAAAGCUUUAUUCAUCAUUUUAUCAAUCAGAUAUUAUAUUUGCGUCACCUAUUGGGUUACAAAGAAUUUUAACAAAUCCUGACAAGAAGAAAAGACAAACUGAUUUUCUAAGUUCUAUAGAAGUGUUGAUUGUUGAUAAUGCAAAUGCUAUUGAGUUGCAAAAUUGGGACCACAUGUUGACAGUUUUGAAGCAUACAAACCAAAUUCCAACGGCAAUGCAUGAUACAGAUUUUGGUAGAGUUAGAAUGUGGAGUAUCAAUGAUCAAGCACAUUUAUUUAGACAAACAUUGGUAUUCACAGAAUAUAAUACACCAAACAUCAACAAUUUGUUAUCAAAGUCAGAAAAUAUUUUUGGGAAAUAUAGAUUUAGAAAAAAUGUCAAAAAUGAAGAAAGUGCAAUGUUCAAAGUUGGAUUAAAAAUAAGGCAAAUAUUCAACAGAUUUGAAAGCUCAACUCCAUUAGAUGAACCGGAUGCAAGAUUUAAUCAUUUCAAGAGUGUUAUUGUUCCAUCUUUGUCUAAGUCAACAUCUUAUGAAGAUGGUUUAUUGAUUUACAUUCCUUCAUACCAUGAUUUUGUUAGAGUGAAAAACUAUUUACACCAAAAGACUUCAUUAUUGUUUAUUGAUGCAAAUGAGUAUUCUGAACAAAAGGAUUUGACAAAAGCCAGAGCAUUAUUUCAACAAGGUAGACGGAAAAUUCUGCUUUACACUGAAAGAUUACACCAUUAUAGAAGAUUUGAUCUAAAAGGUGUGAAGAAUAUUUUCAUGUAUGGUGUUCCAAAUAAUCCAAUUUUCUACACAGAGUUGGUUUCAUCAAUUGGUAGAUCAGUUUAUGAUGGAAUUGCUGAUUUUAACAUUUCAAAUGUGAGAGUAUUGUACUCCAAAUGGGAUGCCUUGGCCUUGGAAAGAAUUGUCGGUAGUGAAAGGGCACCAGUUCUUACUCAUGGUCAUAAUGAGUUCUAUGAAUUUAGAUAG